CUCUUUCUCUCCGCUGUGCAGGUGUUUGACCCGAACAUCACGAUGGUGGAGACGGGUCCAGCUCCAGACCAGGAGAACAACACAGCGAAGUUCGUGAUCGGUGCCAGCGAUGAGGACUUCGAGGAACAGGAGACGCUGCAGCUGCCGUCGACCCACGUGGUUCCCCCCGACGGCGGCUGGGGCUGGGUGGUCGUGGCGGCGUCGUUCAUGUGCAACGUGGUGGUCGACGGCAUCAUCUUCUCCUGCGGGGUGCUGCUGCCCGUCUUCCAGAAGGAGUUCGGCGUCUCCAUGUCCGAGGUGUCGUGGGUGAGCUCGCUGCUCGGCGGGUUCUACCUCAUCGUGGGUCCCUUCGUGUCGGCGCUGGCCAACGCCUACGGGUUUCGCGUCGUGUGCAUCCUGGGCGCCGUCAUCUCCUCGGUGGCUUUCGGAAUCUCCUACUUCGCCACCAGCAUCUACUUCCUGCAGUUCUCCUUCGGUAUUCUGGGAGGCAUUGGCUUCGGGUGCAUCUACGUGCCAGCGGUGAUCGCGACUGGCUUCUACUUCGAGCGGCGUCGGGCUCUGGCCACGGGCAUCGCCGUCUGCGGCUCGGGCAUCGGCACCUUCAUCUUCGCGCCCCUCAAUGCCAUGCUCAUCGCCAGCUUCGGGUGGCGCUACACCACCCUCGUGUAUUCCGGCAUCAGCCUCUCGUGCGCCGUGUACGGCCUGGCCUUCAAGCCGCUCAAGGCAGGACCCGCGCCCGUGGACGACGACUUAGAGCCCCAGGGAACGCCCCUGCUGAUGAGAAUAAAGCGCGCGAGGGACGAGCAGCUCCGCCAGUGCGCCUCCGCCUUGUCCAUGACCUCAAUGAACUCUAAAACGCAAUCAAAAUCCAAUCUGGAGGAAAACCUAACAGCCUACGAUGCCAAGGGAAGUGCCGCCGUCGCCAAGGCCUUCCUGGAGCGCCACGGGGGCAGCGCGAACAAGAGGUACAGCUUCCCGGGCAUCGUCGUCACAAACCCCGACACCAUCAAGGAGGAGACGGAGACCCCGCUCAUUGAUGGCGAGACGGAGGAGGGCAAGCAGCUGGAGAACGGCGCCGGCGCGAAAGUGCUGGACAACAACAAGAACGAGACGGAACUGAAGAACAUGCUCAACGUCACAGAACAAGAGAACGAUGCAAAGACGCCCGGGUACCCACGCAACAAGAGCGCGCCUGCGUUGGCUCAACCCAACGCCCUUUUGGCUGAACACCAUCGUCGUCCAUCGAGGCUAGCCAUGAGAACGGAGACUGCCAGGCCAUUCUACCGUGAUGACAUUUUCUACUCAGGGUCUCUGUUGCGUCUCCCAGAAUAUAAAAGCUCUGAUACAGUGGACAAAUACCACCAGUCAGUCACUCAGCUCCCACCCAUGGAAGACAUAGCAGAGGAGGAGGAGGAGAGCAGAAUACGCUGCUGUCCGACUGCUCUUACAAAUGUCAUCUUCAGAAUUUUUGACUUCUCCCUCUUGGCUUCUGUUACCUUUGUUGUGCUGGGAAUCGCUGGGUUCCUGUCCCUCAUGGCUUUAUUCGUCCCCUUCAUGUUUCUGCCUGGCUUUGCCGAAUUACAAGGCGCUGACAAAGGUUCCCAAGCCACUCUGGUCUCUACCAUUGGCAUCACAAACACCUUGGGCAGAAUCAUCUGUGGCUGGAUUUCAGAUCACCCCAAGGUUGAUGCCUUACAUGUCAAUAACUUCUCCCUCAUGAUUGGUGGAGCUGCAACAAUGCUCUUGCCAUUCAUCUCAGACGAGUCCCUCCUCCUAACCUAUUCAGUGGCCUUUGGUGUUUCAGUUGCUGCAUUUGCCUCAUUACGUUCCAUCCUUUUGGUAGAGUUACUUGGCCUUGAAAAACUGACAAAUGCAUUUGGCCUUCUGCUGUUGUUCCAAGGCAUUGCAGCUCUUGUGGGCAGUCCUGUGGCAGGUGCAUUCUACGAUGCCACUAAGUCAUAUGAUGUGGCCUUCUAUGUGUUUGGUGGAAUAUUUGCACUGUCAGGUCUCAUGUGCAUCCCUCUCCGUCUUAUCAAGCGAUGGGAGGACACCAGAAAGGAAAAGAAACUCCAGGAAGCAAAUGAAGAGAAAGCUUAAAACAAAUGCAAGUGAUGAUGAAUUUCUGGACAGUAUUUAAGACAAAUAAAAAGUCUGUGUCCCCCUCAGGCAUUUUGUGCAAGCCUCUCCAAAACUUCAGUGCAGAGAAUGCUUGAAGACAAAAUAUGAUGAUAGAACAGCAUGUGCACAUGAGGCAUAUUUAAUGACAGAAAAUGGGAAAAGAGACAGAUGCUUUUAAUGCUAACUUUCAUGAAUUACAAUAGAAAUUAUGUUCAUAAAAGAAAAAAUGACUUGAUACAGUAGUUAUAAGCUUGUAUUUUCCUUUUUUUUCAUUAGCAUAAAGAGAGGGUAGCAGACCUUAUCUAUUACAUACUUGCCUGAACCUGAAUUCUGUCUAGCUCAUUAUCAAUGCAACUGUAAUUAGACAUAUAGGUUUUGUUAAUGUCUUAUAUUAAAUACAUACAGAUUUAUUUUUUAAGUUAUUGUGAUAUAAAUCUGAAGAAUAGAAAAAGCUGCUCCUAUGAGGGAAUGUUUGAAGGUAAAAUGUUGGUUUACAAGAAAUCUCUUAGUUCUGAUACAAUUGUCCGCUGAAACAAACUUGUUUUUUACUCUUUUUUUCAUGUUUCUUUAAUUUUGUAAUCGGGAUCUGAGUCUCUUUAAUGACCUUUCUCAAAAUAUAUAUUCCUUUCUUUUAAUGCUUAGAAAAAAAAAGUAUUUGCAAAGUCUGCUUGAAUAGUAAGUUAGCAGUCUUGACUUAUUUACAAUGUGAGAUGAAUCAGACGUAACCAUCAACCCUUUCUUCAUUUUGCUUCCUUUUUCCCACAUUCAUUCUCUGAGCAGAAGUAUUUUUUACUUUUUUUCUGUCUGUUGGAGUUAACUAGUCUUAAUCCAGAUGGGAAUAGUGAUCUUAUCGAACUAUCUCAUUUUUCUUUUUUUUUAAUUCAAAAAUUCUGGGUAGCUUCUAUUAGUUUGCUAUGCUUAAAGUGUGCAGAUGAGUACUUUCGAAGAAUGACAGAUCCAUAAAUGCAUUUUGUAUAGAAUAUAUUAUAUUUAAGAUACAUUAGUUUUUAUUAUUUUGUAUCUGAUGGAGUGAAGACAGUUCAAAUUAUGAAUUUCAUAACUCAACUCCAGUUAUCUACCAUUUUUCAUACACUAAUAUACUAGUACCUUAAAAAAAAUAUCUUUAAAAAUCAUUUCUAGCAAUAUCACUUAAAUGACACUGAUAUUCCAGAAGAUACACAAAGUGUUAGUAUUUCUAAUUUCUCUCUGUAUAGGCUAUGUUUCAUGAUACCGUAAGAAAAAAAAAUAUAUGGUACCGUAAUAUCUUCUGCCACGUUUGCUGUAUUUAUAACUAAGUAUUUAUUAGCACUACACAAAGCUAUUGUAGUGUGAUAAAGAAAUAAGUGAGAUUGCAAAGUGAUACAAGUUCUUUAAUGGCUGGAUGUUAGCAUAUUCAUAUUUUAUACAGCAAUAACUUGAAAUGUUGCUUGUUUUACAUGGGGACACCUGGUAGAAGAUAACUAUAUUGUAAGUAUGUGUGUAAAUAUAAUAUUGUUACCCGUAUCUCUUUGAUGAUUACACCAUAAUUAAUUUCAUGCUGUCAUUAACAGGGUAUUCAGUAAAAUGCAAAGAAAAAAUAAAAUUACAUUAGAAAAAAAAAAAAGCUGUAGUGUUAGUCAUAUAUAUUUGUAACAUUAAGAGCAUGUGAUAUUCAUAUUGCCCUAUGUUUAGGACUACACCUCUGAUUAUUAGUAUUGCAAUUACUGAGUAAUUAAAGACAGGAUUUUUUCACAAUUACCAGGCUUACAAGCCCUUGGAAUAUGAUACAUCCAAAUGUUUAGUAUAAUACUUUUACUGUGUGUAUAUAUAGUCACAAGUCAGUGAGCAGAAGCCUUUAUUCCCAUGUUAUAGACAGGCCUUUUUACAUUAGUACACACCAACUAAUUAUGUAUUUAUUCUGACACAAAUUAAUUCAAUAAUUGCAAAGAAAUCAGUACUGGCUGAUGUACCUAAUUUUCUUUGCAAACUGAAUAUUAAUGUGUAUGCAUGUAGGAAGGACUGCCUGACAAACUAUGUAUAUUUCCUUUGAAGGCUUGGUAUGGAUAAGACACAAUAAAGACUUUUUUCA